AUGAUUCCUAAGAUUUCCGGCCACGGAGAUGAAGCUCAGAGCUCCACACUCGCCGGCUUCAUCCUACACGAAGACACAGAUAUCACACGUUACUCCAUCAUCUUCUGCGUGGCCAGCCAGGUCGACCCAGCGCACAUCGACCAACUUCCUUGGACUGUAAGCAGUCCUGCAGCAGGAGCCUUCGAUACUCAUAAUAGUGAACCCCUUGGCGCCACAGAGCCUGUGGCCCAUAUGGCUUCCCCCCAGAUGCCUGGAAGUAGUCCAAGUUGGACCCCAUGUGCAGGGGUCCCAAAGCCAGAGCAACAGUUAACCCGUGAGGACUGGCACAUCCGCUUCCGGGACUUCAGGCUGCUCCAGGACAGAGAAGAGUCUGACCCGCUGUGGGACCUGCAGGAGCUGAAGCAGCUGUGCUGGCUCUGGCUGCGGCCUGACCAGCACACCAAGACCGAGAUCCUUGACCAGCUGGUGCUGGAGCAGUUCCUCAUCUCGCAGCCCCUGCACGUGCAGGCCCUGGUCCGUGAGAAUAAGGUGCAUGACUGCGCAGAGCUAGAGCGGCUGCUCUGGAACCUCAGGCCGGACCAGAGUUGGGUGAGUGCGACACCGUUGGGAGAAAUGGGUGAGGGGGCCCCACGGGAGCAGAAGCAGAGAUGGAUGUUCCCGAGAAACAUGCCAGGCCGCGAGCAGGAGGCUGAGGGGCUGGUGUCAGAAGAGGAGGAAGAAGAGGAGGCACAGGAAGUGCAGGAGCAGGCUCAGGAGAUGCGGGAGGAGCUGGAGCAGGUGCUGGAGCUGAAGCAGGAGGCACCGGCGCAGGAGCUGGAGCAGGCUCCGGAGCCCGGUGAAUGUGGCGCUGGAGCCUCGGGGUGCGGCGUCGUGCCGGCGACGACCCCGCGGAGCCCUGGGCUCCCCCCCACCCAGAGCCCCGCAGCCCCCCAGGGCGGCGUGCUGGACCUGGCAGCUCCGUGGCGCCUCCGCUCACGCUCCGGGCGCCGUCCCGCAGGGCCCGCGGGCCCGGAGUCCACCGAGGGCCGCGGGAGCCGGGGACACGCGUCCGGGGGCGCCGAGCGCGCGCCCAAGCGGGAAGCCUCGCCCGGCCCCGAGCCCGGGGUCCCCGCCGCGAGGGACGGCGCGGGCGGGCGCCGCGCGCUGGCCUGCGCCCACUGCCACAAGACCUUCCGGUACCAGUCGCGCCUGGACAUCCACCUGCGCAGCCACACGGGCGAGCGGCCCUUCCGCUGCGCGCGCUGCGGCCACGGCUUCAUGCAGCGCUCCGACCUGCGCGUGCACCAGCGCAUCCACGAGCACCGGCGGCCCUACCGCUGCGGCCUCUGCGGCGCCGCCUUCACGCACCAGUCCACGCUCACGGGCCACACGCGCGUGCACACGCAGGAGCGGCCCUUCGCCUGCGAGCACUGCGGCCAGCGCUUCAGCCACCGCGGCAACCUCAACGUGCACCUGCGCACGCACUCGGGCCUCAAGCCCUACGCCUGCCCCGACUGCGGCCGCGCCUUCCGCCAGCUCGGCACCUUCAACCGCCACCGCCGGACGCACCUGCGCGCGGGCCCGGGCCGGCCCCGCCACGUCGAGGUCGCGGAGGACGGCGCGCGCGCCGAGGCUCGGGCUUGA